UGUGUGUGUGACAGAGGAAAGAGGAAGUUGUGUGCAGUUGAAAGGCUUCCUCCCCUGUGCAGGGUUGCAGAACAGCAGCAGCGGCGCGGAGGAAAGAACGAGAGACGCAGACGACACGAGAGACGCUCGCUGGACAUCCUGAAGAAGCAGGAAGACCUCAAAGGUCAAAGCAGAGAGAGGCACUCCACUGAUGAACUCCCCUUCAGACGCAGGACACUUAGUGAGCAGUUCAUCACUUCUGCAUUGAGUUUAGAUCGAGUCUGUUGGACGGUUAGUGCUGGGUUUGUAGAUCAUGGAUGUGUCAGGAGGGUUUUAGGUCUCUAUCGCUGCUGAUCUGAGGAGAGUUGGCUGGAGAUGGAGCUGUGGAGACAGUGUGCCGGAUGGCUGAUCCAGUGCCGAGUGCUUCCUGAGAACCACAGAGUCACCUGGGACAGCGCACAGGUGUGUGAUCUGGCCCAUGCGCUCAGAGAUGGAGUGUUACUCUGUCAGCUGCUCAAUAACCUGCUGCCUCAGUCUGUCAACCUGCGCCAGAUUAACCUACGACCCCAGAUGUCUCAGUUCUUGUGUCUGAAGAACAUCAGGACGUUCCUGUGUGCCUGUCAGGAGAAAUUUGGCAUGAGGAAGAACGAGCUUUUCGAGGCCUUCGAGCUGUUUGAUGUCAGAGACUUCGCGAAGGUGAUCGACACACUGUCCAUCCUGUCCCAAACACCACUGGCCCUGCAGAGCGGAUUCCGGCCGUUUCCAGAUGAAGCGUGUGUCGGAGAUGACGACAUCUACACCGGCCUCUCGGACCAGAUCGAUGACACGGUGGAGGAAGAUGAUGAUCUUUACGACUGUGUGGAGGAAGACGAGAAUGAGGGAGAUGAUAUUUAUGAAGAUCUGAUGAGGACGGAGGAACCAGAAAUACAGCAGAAGGUUGAAGUGGACAAGAGGAGCUGCUGUCUUCAGGAGAUCAGACAGACAGAGGAGAAAUACACCAACACACUGGAAUCAAUACUUCAGCACUUUCUGAAACCCCUGCAGCCUUUCCUUCAGCCCGAGGACAUCGAGAGCAUCUUCAUCAAUAUUCAAGAUCUGGCCGAGACUCAUCGCUCUCCUGCUUCACGAGGUGCAGGAGUCUAUCCUGCGUUUACGAGCCGAGAAUCUCUUUCAGAUCUUCAUCGACUACAAGGAGAG